AUGUCUUACUACAAUGAUGACCGACGCGGGGAUCCUCGUGAAUACGGCGGGGGCGGCCGGGACGGCAACAAUUAUUAUGACCAGAGUCAGCGUUACGAUGACAGCCAGCAAGGUGGUGGGUAUGAAAGACAAAGCGGCGGCCGUGAUGACGAAUAUGGAGAUCGGAGACAGCAAAGAGGAUAUGGAGGGAGGGAUGAGUAUGGCGGCGGGCAAAGCGGAGGCUACGGGGAGGAACGUCGUCAUGAAGUAGAUGGUGGAAGCUCUGGCGGUGGUGGCUCCACCGACUUUGACCAGGACGAAAUCAUGCGACACAGCCGACAACAUGAUUCCGGGGAUUCCAGCCUCUUCUCCCAAGCCAUGUCCUUCCUGAACGACAACAAGCACAGUGCUGUAUCCGAGGACAUUGAUGAAGGCCGAAUCCAGCAAAGUCAUCAGCAGCUCUAUCAGCGGGGUGGUGGCGGCCAACAACACGAUGCCUCCAGUCUUGGGCGGGGAGCAGCAAUGCAGGCCUUGAAGAUGUUCACCGGCUCCGGAAGUGGUUCUGGCGGAUCCGGAUCUCAGUCCCAGAUGAUUGCAAUGGCGAUGCAAGAAGCAUCGAAGCUGUUUGAUACGCAGAACAGCCAGGGUAACGUGCAAAGUGGAACAGACAAGCAGUCGGUGAUCAACCAGGCAGCAAAGAUGGCCCUUCAGAUGUAUUUGAAAGGUCAGGGAGGAGGAAGCGGUGGUUCUGGAUUGAUGAACCUGGCCAGCAAAUUCCUCUCGUAA